AUGAAAAAGGCAAAAAAGAAAGUUGUGGAAAUAAAGGAUGAUUUGUAUGAAUGGGUUCAUGCGAAUGUCAAAUGUCGUGCGUCCCUUUAUCAAAAUGCCAAACCCUUAGCAGAACUUUGCUUAGUGAGUUGGGUAGAGCGUUUUUCUUUGUAUUGGUGUCCUGAGCCGAUGCAGAUUUUGGAUGCAAUGGUUAGGUCUAAAGAUGAGAAUCUGAUGCUGAAUUAUUUAAUUGAAGGUUUUUCCGUGGAAAAAUUACUGUCAAUAUAUGAUUUGUUGAAAUUUGAAUUUGCAGGUGGAAAAGUUCCGAGUUUGUCCUCAGCUCGCAUAAGGAGUUUCUUUGAUCAAAAGAAGGAUGGUCGCAUAGUAUCCAAGCGACAUACACUACUGGAGGACUUGGGUAAGGAAGUUAUUGGACGGUAUCUGCAGGUGAUUGCGACUAGGAUGCUUUGUAUUGAUCGUACUACUGAAUUGCUAGGAACUUCGGAGAAAAGUGAAAUGGAGAAACUGAGCAAGAUGACUGAAAACAGUAAUAUUGAAGCAGCAGGGAUGUCCGCUAGCAUUCAACCAUCUUCUCCACCGUCAGGUGUUCGUAAGAAUCGGUCAGCUGUCUGGGAUCAUUUUGAUGUAGAGAAUGCUACCGAGAAGAAGGCUAAAUGCAAAUAUUGUGGUAGCUUAAUACAAUAUGGGAAUGGAACCAGCUCAAUGGGUGGUCAUUUGAGAAGAUGCAAGCAAAAUCCUAAUAAUGAUUCGAACAAAAGAAGAAAAACAACGACCACACCGACUAUAGAUGAGCGUGGUGUUUUAAAUUCACCCAGUGCUUCCAAAUUUGACCAAGAGGAGGCUCGAAGGGCACUUGUGGAAAUGUUUAUUGGGGAAGAGCUACCAUUUCGCUUCAUUGAAAGCCCAAAAUUCCGAAAAUUUGUGCAUGCUCUACAAGCAAGAUUCAAAGUUCCUUCACGGACUACAUUAGCACGUGACAUUGGAGCUCUUUAUGCUGAAGAGAAGAUGAAGUUGCAAGAUUUUCUUUCGGCAAAUUGUGGUAGAGUAUGUCUAACCACUGACACUUGGACUUCAAUUCAAAAUUUUACUUAUAUGAGUUUGACAGCACACUUUGUUGAUUUGGAUUGGAAAUUACAUAAAAAAAUACUUAAUUUUUGUCAAGUGACAAGUCAUUCAGGAGAGGUUAUAGGAGCAACAAUUGAAUCUUGUUUAAAUAAUUGGAAUUUGAAUCGGGUCUUUAGUGUGACAGUUGAUAAUGCCUCCUCUAACGAUGUUGCAAUUAAAUAUCUGAAGCAGCGAUUGAAUUCUUGGAAUAGCAUUAUUUUGAAUGGUGAAUUUAUUCAUAUGAGGUGUUGUGCACAUAUUAUAAACUUAAUUGUAAAAGAGGGGUUGAAAGAGAUUGAUGAAUCAGUCUUGAGGAUUCGUAGUGCAGUAAAGUAUGUUAGAUCUUCUCCAUCUAGAGCUAGUAGGUUUCAAAAGUGUGUUGAACAAGAAAAAAUCCAAUAUAAAGACUUGCCUUGCAUGGAUGUUGAGACUAGGUGGAAUUCUACCUAUCAAAUGUUAGAGGUAGCUUUGAAGCAUCGCAAAGCAUUUGAGUUGCUUGCUUUGAAAGAUAAUACCUAUAUAGGAGAGAUGAAUGGAGGAAAAGGGAGAGGUGUUCCUUUUGAUUCAGACUGGGAGUAUGCUGAGUCCAUUGUACCAUUUUUGCGAGUGUUCAGUGAUGCCACUAUACGUGUUUCUGGUACCUUAUAUGUUACCAGUGUUAUGUAUAUGAAGGAAGUAUUUGCAAUUGGAUGA